CCCCAGCCGGCCCAGAGCUAAUAGGUUGUCGAGUGUUCAGUGCCGUGCAACCGCCAUCACAUCUCCGCUGCGCUUUUCGAUCAACUUCAUCUGUCUGCAGCGUCUUCGUAGAUCUUCAUGGCCCUCCGCAAGUCUAUUUCGUUGCCGAUCGCUCCUCCGACCAAGCUGCGACGCCGCAAGUCGCUCCAAGAGCAACAAAUGAGCCGCUCGUUCUCGCUCCCCAAGCGCCGUGUGGAGCGACAGACGCAACGCCUCACGCCGACGCAAACUUUUGAGCAGACGCUACUGGACAACGUCCACGUGGAAUUUGUCAAGGCUGUGGUGCCCGGCCAGAACAAACUGGCUAGUCCCCGCUACGUCAUGCGCAUCAGCAACACAGCACUUGACCAAACGUGGGAGAUGGCAAGGACCUUUAAGGAAUUUUAUGAGCUCAAAGAAGCAGUUGCCAGUGUGCUCGACUACGGCCACUUUUGCCCGUCAAAUUGCCCGUGGCUCUACAUGUACGCAGCGCACCACUUCCCACGUCGCCGCAUUUUCCGAUCAAGGAGUCCAAGUGUGAUCUCAGGUCGAUUGUCUGAAUUGCAGGCGUAUUUCUCGACUCUGUUGCGUAUGGCCAAGCAGAACCGCAACUUGGAGUGCUCAGUGUCAUCCACCAAGUUGCCGCAACUGAUCUACGAAUUCCUGUUCGAAGGAAUGGUCUUUGAUCGCUCGGAUUUUAUGCGAUUGAGCGAGCGACUUACUAUCGGUGGAAGAGAAAGCAGUUUUCUUGACAACGAUCCGACACAAGAUCCGGAGGAAUGCUUUCUCUGUCGCAAGGCGCUCGUCGGCGACGACACGGUGUCAAUUGUGCCAGCAGCGCCAAGCAGCAAACGGGGCUCUUCAGGCGUCAACAAAAAGACUGACGAACAUGUGAGGGCGGGUCUGACAACGCUGGACUGCGGCCAUUGCUUCCACGACGAGUGCAUCCUCGCGAAACUCAACGAGUCGCUGGCGUGUCCGCUCUGCAUUUCACAUUCAAGUCCUCCUCAGUCUGGCACUGCUGCUGCCUAA